CAUUCGCCAGGGCUAUUAAUAUUUUAUUAGUUGCUAUUCUAUUCUGCUACAUCUAACAGACCACUUCUUCACUCCGUCUCAGACCAUGAAGGAGGUCGACAUUGACUCUAGGUACUUCAGAGCGAUUGGCCUCUGGCAGUUCGUGGUGGGCUAUGAAGCCACCUCCUGGGUACUCUUCAACUUCUUCCUAGGGUGCGUAUUCCUCCUCAACAUCUCCGUCCAGCUGAUGAACACGCUCACGGGCGGCUAUGAGUUCUCCCUAUUCACGGAGAAGCUUUCUGUUAAUUUGACGGUGAUGGAGUCCGCCAUCAAGAUAAUCUACUACUGUGCCAAGCGACGCAAGCUGUACGGCUUGUCCCAGUGCUUCAGGCGCGACUUCCUCAUCUGCAGGAGCCACGACCGCGAGGCCGGGGAACAGGUUCUGAAUGCUGGCUUCUCCAGCGUCAACACAGUCACCAAGGGCUUCGUGGUGAUGAUCUUCACCACCGUUGGGUUGUGGAACAGCUUUCCGUUCCUGAGGUGCCUCACGGGCGACUGCUCUAAGUGGAACAUCAUGCCAUCCUGGUACCCUGAGGCCAUGGACGGCCUGCCAGCUUUCAUUUACAUAUUCGAAUUUUUCAUUAUGGUAUUUUGCGCUGCUCUGUUGUAUAAUGUCAACUGCUUCUUCUCUGCUCUUGCCUUGUCGUUGUCGUCACAGUUUCAGCUUCUUACAAAAAGUUUUUCUAGUAUUGAGAAAAACGCUGAAUCUAGGAAGGGCUAUAAAAUUUAUAACAUGGAUGUAUUACUGAGGGAAUGUCUAAUAGACCACCAAAGGCUCUUGAGACUGGCCAAAGAAAUGGAGGACAUGUACAACCCAAUAUUUCUGUUUCAAAUGCUCACGAGUACAUUUACGAUAUGCCUAGUCCUCGUACAGCUAAAUACAGGAAAAGUGCACAGAAGCCUUUACGAAAGUGGAUGGGCCAGCGCUAGCCAUUAUUUCAAGAAGAAUGUUUUAAUCGCACAGAUCAGAACCAUCACACCCGAGUACCUCUCUGCUGGCAAGUUCUACGCUGUAAAUCUGGCAUCAUUCACUCAAAUUAUCCUCCUUUGCAGAUUAUCAAGGCAUCUUACUCCUACUUCACCUUCCUCCACGGAUCAGGUGGUGCCAGUCGUUGACUUCUUUGCUUCUUCAGGACUUAGUCAUCUAGGUAAGUGGUACCUGGUACUUCUGAGCCGAUCAACGAUUCCCCGACAGGAUGUACCCGAGAUGAACCAAUCGUACCAGAUCGUGAGGGGGGUACGCUACAGAUCUAGGGCUAGCUUUCUCCAGUCCCUUCCACGUGCGCCCUUGGCCUUUCUCCACUCUCCAUCUCCUGGAGCUUGCACUUCUCCAGGCCCCGGUUCAACUGGAAGGGCUUCAUUGUUGUAG